AUGGCGGAGGGCACGUUAAAGGGGGUGGAAGAGAGGUUGAGAGAGGUUAUGAGAGAAGACUCUGAGCGGCGGAACAGGGGUAGACUGCAGGACGAGGAGCGGAGGCAGAAGGCCACGAGGAAGGAAGUAGACGCCGCAGAGAGGCGGAAGAAGGAACAACAGCAGGAGGAAGAGCAUCGGCAGAAGGAGAUGAGAGAGGGAAUGAAGGAGAUGAAGGAGGCGAUGAUGGAGAUGAAGGCAAAAAUGAAGGAGAUGAAGGAUGGGAUGGUAAACCAGAUUGUGGGGAGGUUGAGCGCGGUUUUGCGAGAAGAAUCCGAGCGGCAGAAGAAGGCGAGGCAAGAGGACGAGGAGCGGCGACAACAGCAGGACGCGAAGAGGAAACAAGUGGCGGACGACGAGGAGAGACAGAAGAAGAAACAACUGGACGAGCAAUGGCGGAAGGCGGAGGAGGAGAAGAGGAAGGAUGUAGAGGCCACAGAGCGGCAGAGGAAGAAGAAACAUCAGGAGGAAGAGCGACGGCAGAAGGAGGUGGAGGCGGGAAUGAAGGAAGUGAUGGAGGCUGUGAAGGAGAUGAAGACGGGGAUGAAGGGGUGGAAGGAGGGGAUGCUAAGUGAGGUGGAAAAGCGGCUGUCAGUAAAUCUGAGAUUGGAUGCAGAGUGGCGGCAAAAGGAGGAGCAGGGUAGGAAGGCAACGGAGGGAGAUCGGCGACAGAAGGAGGAUGCGCAGAGGAAGGAGGCUGAGGAGGACGAUCGGGAGGAAAGGGAGAAACAACAGGAGAAGGAGCACCAGCAAAAUGAGGAGGCGCAGAGGAAGGAGGCAGAGGAAGCAGAGCGGAAGGAGGAGAGGCAGAGGAAGGAGGCAGAGGAGGUAGAGUGGCAGCAGAGGGCGAAACAGCAGGAAUUGGACCGCCUGCAGAAGGAGGAGGCGCAGAAGAAGGAGGCAGAGGAGGCCGAGCGGCAGCAACGGGCGAAACAGCAGGAGAUGGAGCGCCUGCAGAAGGAGGAGGCGCAGAAGAAGGAGGCAGAGGAGGCCGAGCGGCGGCAGAGGGCGAAACAGCAGGAGAUGGAGCGCCUGCAGAAGGCGGAGCAGUGCCGAGCAGAGAAGAGGGCCAGACUUGCAUCCUACGCAGAACAGCAGCGGCAACUGGAGGCAAAGACAAAGGCGAUGGAUGAAGAGACGGAACGAUUGGCAAGGGAGAUGGAAGAGGAGGAUUUGACCAUGCAGGGGGAGGGGACCUGGAAGGGAGUCGAGGAGGAAAUAGCUGAGGGCCUGGGGAGUUUGCUGUUGAUUGAGAGCGGGGAGGCGAAUGUAGCAGAGGGCGUGGCUAUUGUUCCCGGACAGAACGUAGAGGUGUCCAGGAGGCGGCCUAGACAGGAGGACAGGGAGCCGGAGGGUCAUGCGGCUAAGAGACGGCGUGCAGCUGGUAUACAGGAGUUGAUACCGAUAAUCCCAAGGGAAAAGAAAGGGAUGAAGAUUGACAAGUGUGACAACAGGAAAAACGCCGUAGUGGACGACAAGGGUAAGACUUUGGGUGUCUGCCUGCCGUUCAGGGGAAGCAGGUUCUCUCAACAGGGCGAGGGAGCAUUGCAGAAGUGGACGUCUGAGCAGACCGUCGGCGGCCGGAAGCGGAACCUCGGUUCUCACAAUACGGUGUGGGAGAGGGCAUACACGGUCGCAGUCUACUGGAAGUUCUACUUCCCGGAUAUUGACAUGCAGGCAUAUGGCAUGAAUCGAAACCGUAUUAACAAGUGGCGGGAAGACCUCGACUUCACAACGUGGCUUCCAACAGGGGUGUGGAGCGUCAUCAACGAGCUCCACCUGGAUAAACCGGACGGAUUCUCACUCGUUCAAACCAACACGGCUCUUUGGCAGCAGCAGGGGGAUGGAUUUCAGGUAGCUGCCUGCGCUGGUGUCGGAAUAACUGCGUCGCAGAAGAUGACCCAGUGGGAGAGGGGCGCAACAUCAGCUACACGUGGAACUUCUACGGCCAUAGCAUCUUCUGCUGCCAGAUCGUCCACUGCUGCCACCGCCUCGUCGGCUGCCUCGUCAUCUUCUGCGGCCGAUGUGUCCUCUGCCAUCCUUGAUGCCCUUGCGACGCUUGCAGCCUCGGUUGCUUGCGUUGCGAUUGAGGCGAUGAGGUCGGUCAAGGAUCAGGAGCAUGACAAGGAAGCGUGGAUUCUGCCCCUGUCGGAUGCGCUGCUGAAAGCGCUCCCGGCAGAGUCGCGAGCGGCCGGGGAUACGAAGCGGAUGACAAGGGUGGUGGCAAAGGUGGUGACCUCUUGGUGCCUAUGCAGCAUGGCAUCAAGAGGCCUUCGCCAGCACCAGGGCGUCUGCCUCGGAGUCCAGCAGAAGAAGUUGGGCGGCCGAGAUACCACAACAGGGGCGGAUAAGGAGAAGAAAACCAAGAAAUCGUCCGCGAAGGGGAACGCGACGAAGGAUGCGUCGACGGAGGAGAACACCGGCACUGGCGGCCAGGAGUGA